AUGAGGGCCAUCCCCAUGCGGUGUCGUAAACCACGUUACGAUGGGUCUGGAAUCAUCAAAGAAUCCUAUCACGAGGAUGAAUACUUCUAUACUGGCAGCAACCUUGAGGUACUGGCUUUCUUCGAGUAUGCUUCUUAUCACAGACUGCCAAUCAAGUCCCGGGUACCUAAGCUGAUCUCUCAUUUCAAUAAACACCUUCAUCUUACCUUUUCAGAAAAGGAGAUUGAAGCCAAGCUCAUGCUUUUUUGGGAGCGUGGAUCUCCAGCAGGUUCCGCAAGGUCAGGUUGGCCCGAGAUAAUUGCCCGAGGUAUCAGUGCUCUGCGGCGUCUUCCGCAGGAGAAAAUAGAUCGUGUGCAUAAGAGAGCUCGCGAACUGGAAGCAGUCUUUGCUCAUGACCACAAUCCGAGGGGGUUAAGACGCAUAUCGCGGCCAUCUAGCGCUUUUCGCACUGGUGCAAAGAAUCAGAGACAGGACGUGGGUUCAUUAGCUAGCGUCGAAGAUCGACGCAGCCGAAGACGAAGGAAGAGACGGGACCCAUGGACAAUGACACGGAGGAAGAAUAGGGCAGUAUCCGCACCUGCUCCAUCUUUGGAUUCGAAUGAAAGCCAAAGCGAGGAGAUUCGAGAUAGCGAAGAGCCCUUGUCGACUGUGAAAGAGUCGUUCGACUGCGUUCUGCUGGCUAAACACCCUCGGUUAGGAGACAAGAUAGAAGAAUCUUCCCAAUCUCAUCAAAAGGACGACACCAACCCUGAGGCGGCACCGAGGCCCGUUCAACAUGAACCACAGUCCCAAACCCCGGAUUCGCCUGAUCAACAGUCCGUGAUUGCAAUGCUGCGACUUGACUUGGAGGCACAACGUAUCGAGAAGGCGGAUGAAGUACGACUCUGGAGAGAUCUCUACCUCGAAGAACAACGACGUCGGAAGAGGCUUAGCCAAGACCUAGAAGUGCUGCAGGCGGCUCUCGACAGCGGCGCAAGCCGGAAGGAAGCAAACCUCCAAGAUAAGAUCGAAUCUCUCCAAGCAUCCUUGAAUAGCUCGUUGCUUGUGCGACGCUUCGAAGCUCCAUUCUCUUGGGACUUUCAGGCAAAAAAUGCCCUCAAAAUCUCGGAGGAUUUCAACAAGAUUAUUGUGAUACUCAAUAGGGUGCCGUUGCACCAGUACAACCCAGCCUUCGGUAUUGACGUGACAAAAGUGGCCCGCCCGCUGGAACUUGUAAAUCUCUUACAAAGAGCUUUUGGAAGGGUUGGCGACGAAUCUGUCAUUGAUUCUUCGGUCGCUGAACUACUUCGUCAACGGGGAUUGACCGAAGUGCUCCUCUCUUUGGUCGGAGCGGCCAUCUGCUCGUGGGUUCUUGAGCCCAAUGCAGGCGGCCUGUUCCAGGAGAACCACCUUAUCUAUCCGAAGCUUCGAGGACUGUUGACCGCUCUUGAUAGCAGACUCGCCAGCAGUUUGGAAUUUGCUGCGCACGAGGAAUUCUUUGACGAUCGCCCCAUGUGUAAUCUGGUCGUCUCUCGAAGGGCUCGUGCGUUAUCCCGGCAACUGAUCGCCUGCGUACUGCCGCUUGUGGAGGACCACGAACGUCUCGGAGAGCAGUACGCUCAGAUUCGUCGUGGAUGGUGUGAGAAAGAGGACGACUUGACAAGGAUUUUCCAACUGGCUUUGAAUGCCAAAAUUCGCCUUUUGCUGACGCCUGACCUAUACAGAUGCGUAUUCCCUCUACCGGGGAAGGAAGUAAAGGACAGACUGAUGAAGAUUGGUCUUGGUCUGGUACCUCGCCAUCCCGAUCCUGGACAGAAAGCUGUGACGAGAGUCUCGGUUAUCCCAGCAUUGUUGAGAUAUGCUGCAGCACGUGAAGACUUCACAUAUGACCGCUUCUUGUACAAUGCUGAAUUGAUCAAGAACAUAAAGCCGGACGUUCUGAUACAAGCACGGGUGCUCGUCUAG